GGAAUCGUUUCCAAAACACCUACAGUAGCGGAACGUUUUGCUUCCUUUCUUCUCAAGUAGACCGAAAACUCGUCUACUGUUUUGGAUUUAUCAUCACCACAAAUCAGUGCCGAUUACCGUGACUGUUUGCUUUUUGAUAAGUAGUAAAAGUCGGGUCACUUGCCUGCAGCGAUACAGUGCAGUGUGCAGUUGGAAUCAUCACUACCGGGGGGGUUUUGUAGACGUACGGUGUUGCGUGCGUGUGUUUGUUAGUGGCUCGCGGCACUGCAAACGGCCGACAAUGUUUUGCAAUGUCCCUCGCCGUGGCUGAUACGACAAACACGACGACGACGACGACGACAGUAGCUGAAAACCUUGUAUCGCCGACGGCCGAAGAAAGGAGCAACCGGAGUGGGAAACAGCAACCAAUUACGCUGAUUUUGCCAACCAGCGGAAAGCUAUUUUUCGAGAAGAAGCAAGAAUUUCAACUGUGCAAGCCCCAGCUGCUGCCGCUGAAAUCGUUCAGCCUGGAGAAGCUGGAAAGAAUGCACCAGGAAGCGCAGCGACAGUUGCAAGAAACACGCGCCCGAACCGCUGCCUCCAAGAGCGCCAACGUCUUCUAA